AUGGCAGUCCUCCGCCAAUGCCUGUGGCUUCUUGUGGCGGCUCAAGUCACUGCCACGGCUGCUGCCACGAGCUCUUACAACUUUACGCAAGCUGCCAUCGACAAGGGCGAGGCCAUGACCCAACUCAGCGCCGAUGCGCUUCGGGCGGCAAAGGCCUUGAAUGCAGCUUCGGGCCUCAACUCAACCUGCACACCCGAUAAGGUUCAGGUUAGGAAAGAAUGGAGAACUCUUCCUGCGGAAGAGCGCAAGUCUUUCGUUGCCGCAGUCCAGUGCCUUCAAUCUUCUCCGACCUUGCUCGAUGCUGUUCAGAUGCCCGCGGCCAAGUCCCUCUUCGAUGACUUCGUUUUGAUUCACAUGAACCAGACUGGGAGGAUACACGCAACGAAGCUGCGCUCUGUUUGUGGCUACCAAGGAACCUUCCCGUACUGGGAUUGGAGUCUCGACGUCGAAGACCCGGCCAAGUCCCCCGUAUUCGACGGAUCUGAGACCUCCAUGGGAGGCAACGGCGCCUUCAUCCCUCACGAGGGACUGCAGCUUGUGCAACCCGUCUCCAACACCACCAUCAAGCUCGAGCCCGGCUCCGGCGGUGGCUGUGUCGAGUCCGGCCCGUUCGCGAACAUGACGGUCCACGUAGGUCCCGUCUCGAUGCCGGUGUACGGCUCUUCGACGAACAGAACCGCAGCCGCGAAACCCACGGACGACAAACCCCGCUGCCUCAAACGCGACCUCAACAAGCACAUCGCCCAGCGGUACACCUCUUUCCGCAACGUCACUAGUCUGAUCUUGGAAAACGACAACGUCGAGUGGUUCCAGGCCGUUUUCCAGGGUGACGAUCGCUACGUUUCUGGAGUCGAGCUCGGCGCUCACGGAGGUGGUCAUUACACCAUCGGUGGUGAUCCUGGCUCGGACCCCUUCAUCUCGCCCGGCGAGCCGGUCUUCUUCCUGCACCACGCCCAGGUUGACCGCGUCUACUGGAUCUGGCAGAUGCUUGAUUUUGCAAACCGACAGGAGGUUUUUGGCACCGAAACGUUGCAGAACAACCCGCCAAGCCGAAACGUCACGGUGGAGGACACUGUCGAUAUUUCACCCCUUGGUGGGCCGCUCGUCAUGAAGGAUCUGAUGAGCACCGUCGGAGGAUCCCCCUUCUGCUACGUCUACGAAUGA